AUGGUACACUCCCUGGUAAACCUGUGUGCACGGGAGGUUGUAAGUGACCACAGUACGUCCUCAUGUUGGCUGAGUUGUGUACCGAGAGAGCUGUAUCGACCGCUCUUGGAAGCAGCUUUCACCUACUGUCGACCGCUAGCUGUCGGAGAACUGGUGCAAAGAUGGCCCGAGAGGACAUUGAGAGUAGGGGGCAAGAGAAAACUUGGCCAGAGACCCCCAAACCGCUUGUGUGUCCAGGCACUUUUCCUGGCUCUCGUGCGUGGGCUGGGUGACAAGAGGUGCGGCCUGCAGCUGUUGGACCUGUGUGGGUUGCAGUGUGAAGACGGUAAAUUGGAGGACUCCAUGGGUGGCUGGUCGCUGACUGUGGCCCUCUGCUCCACAGUGCUGCAGGCCAGAGCUGGGGCUCCCAGGAGCCGCAGGAGAGAAGUUGAGCGUGAAAGAAAGAGAGGCUUGCAGUUGGAAAGAGAGAGGAGAGACGGAGUGGUGAAACGUGGAUGGGGCCAAGAGGCCAACGGAGAGGUCGAAGAAGAGAAGAUGGAUUGCAAGAGUGACGGAGGAGGAGAGGAGUUCUCGGGGUGCGAGGGAGUGAUCCGAGCAGACAGCGACCUGAUAAAAGGGGUGAGGAGGAGGAUGGAGCUGCAGAGGAGGAAGGCUUUGUCAGAGGCGAAGACCGGUAGCUCUCCAAAUGUCUCUCCUUCAGACCAAGACUGGGAGCAGGUGACACUGGUGAGCGUCAGGGCCGACCUGUUCGUCAACGCCCGCUCUUGGGAGCGUGUUCGGGUGGCGCUUAGCACCCCUGGCCCCCUUAAGCUCCACUGCCGGUAUCUCCGUGUGGAGGAACUCCAGGCUGCUUCUAUAGCCUCUCUGCUGAGCCUCCUGCCUGAAGAGGGGCUUCUGGGUCUGGACAUUCGUUAUUCAAGCCUGGGGGUUGAGGGCCUGGCCCUGCUGCUGCCAGUGUUAGCCCGUUUCCCUCAGCUCCAUUCACUAAGAUUGCAUUACUGUAAUCUGGACUUGCAGCGUGCUCAGCCCGGCCAGGAGGGGGCGCUGCAGGAUAUGUGUAACGGUCUUAGCAAACUGAAGAGCCUUAGGAAACUGAGCCUCACGGCACUGAGAUUGCCAGGACACCUGCGGAUGGUGCUCAGUUCUCUCUCUCAGCCUCUGGAGGUGCUGGAGCUGCCUUACCUGAGCCUGACCCCGGCCGACCUGGCCUAUCUCUCCUGCAGCCCGCACGCCUCCUCCCUGCAGGAGCUGGACCUGAGUGAGAACAAGCUGGACGAGGCCUCCUUGCCCUCUCUGCGCCGUCUGCUCUCCCAGGCUGAGGGCACCUUGACCCAGCUCUCCCUGUGCGGCUGCGGCCUGUCGGACGAAUCCCUGGGCGCCCUGCUGCCUUCUCUGGGUUGCUGUCGGGCCUUACGGAGCCUCAGACUUUCCCUGAACCCUCUCUCCCAGAUGGCAGUGCUUUCUCUGGGCAGGGUGGCAGCGGGAAUCCCUUCGUUGCGUCUCCUGCUCUACCCAAACCCCCUGGAGGAGUAUGAGCCGGGUUUACCUCCCGUGCCGUCCAGCGCUCAGCUGUUGGACUGGCCUCUGAUGGAGGACCCUGAGGUCAGAAAGUCCACGCUGAUGCUUCUGGAAGAAGCGUUGGCUUUACGAGGACGCACGCAUGACCUUACUUUGACCUCUGACCUACUCAAUUAUAACACAGACCUGAUUCUGGAUGAUUAG